AGAGGAUAGCAGAAGCUGCAGAAUCAGCUGUAUUCACUCACCAACAUGAAAAGACAUUAAAUUUUGAAUAUUUUAAUGCCAAAAAAAUAUAUGAUACAAAUGAACAGCCAGUAAAAGAUGCUGGAUGGAAAGAAUUAGAAUUAAAACCCCAUCGUAAUUUUGAUAUUCCUGUAAAUACUAUGCAUAGUUCCAUACAUGUUCCAACAAAUGUCUACGAUAAAGAAUCAAAUUUGGUAAAUGCUAUUAAAUGGUCUGAAUACCUCAACCCAGUCUUCAGGAACAACUUAGCAGCAGAUCCUUCUCUUCAUUGGCAAUAUUUUGGAAGCAGUACAGGAUUUCUUCGAACAUUUCCAGGUUCAAAAUGGCCAAAAAAUGAUGAUGAUGAGAAGGAUCCCGAUUUUUAUGAUUGUCGCAUGCAACCAUGCAAUUACAUUGAUAGAAUAACUUUCAAAACUUUCUGUACAGAAGUUUAUUGGAACAAUAUUCUAGAAAUUACUCAUGUUACCUUUCUAUUAAUGGGAUGCCAACCAAUAUGUACAGCAAUGGAUAAUAUGCAAGCUUUGAAUGAGGGGUUUGGCACUACCCCAGAAUUGUUGAUUCUUUGCGAGAUAUUCACCUCCAAAGAUCAGUUUUUAACAUGUAUCAGUUUUGAAUAUUUUAAUGCCAAAAAAAUAUAUGAUACAAAUGAACAGCCAGUAAAAGAUGCUGGAUGGAAAGAAUUAGAAUUAAAACCCCAUCGUAAUUUUGAUAUUCCUGUAAAUACUAUGCAUAGUUCCAUACAUGUUCCAACAAAUGUCUACGAUAAAGAAUCAAAUUUGGUAAAUGCUAUUAAAUGGUCUGAAUACCUCAACCCAGUCUUCAGGAACAACUUAGCAGCAGAUCCUUCUCUUCAUUGGCAAUAUUUUGGAAGCAGUACAGGAUUUCUUCGAACAUUUCCAGGUUCAAAAUGGCCAAAAAAUGAUGAUGAUGAGAAGGAUCCCGAUUUUUAUGAUUGUCGCAUGCAACCAUGGUAUAUUCAAGCUGCUGCAUCUGCAAAAGAUAUUGUUAUCUUGCUAGAUGUUAGUGGAUCAAUGACUGGUAUUAGAAAAGAAAUAGCAGGAAAUGUUGUAAUGAAUAUUUUGGAUACAUUAUUCGAAAAUGAUUUUGUCACUGUUCUCAAAUUCAAUGAUACUGUGGAGCCAUUAGUUCCAUGUUUUGAUCAAUCUCUUGUUCAAGCAAAUGCCAAAAAUAUACAGGUAUUUAAGGACCAUUUAGAAAAUGUGAAUACUUCAAAUGUUGCAAAUUUCACUUCAAGUUUAACGACAGCCUUUGAACUAUUACAAAGAUAUAAUAAAUCCAAAUUGGGAAGUCAAUGUAAUCAGGCUAUAAUGUUAGUAACAGAUGGAGCACCUCAGACAUACGAAGAUAUAUUUCGUAAAUAUAACUGGCCAAAUAUACCAGUAAGGGUGUUCACUUAUUUAGUAGGAAUAGAAGUAACAGAAAUACGUGAAGUAAAUUGGAUGGCUUGUGAAAACAAAGGAUAUUUUACUCAUGUAGCAAGAUUUACUGAAGUAAAGGAAGAAGUUCAAAAAUAUGUUCCUGUAAUGAGUAGACCAAUUGUAUUAUCAGGUCUACAUCCUGUUAUAUGGACAGGGGUUUAUGCUGAUGUUCCUGGCAAUAUUCUUUCUGAUUGGAUGUGGAAAAAUAAGCAACAUGAUAAACUUAGAGAAAAUUAUGUGAAACAUUUGAAGACAGAAGUUGAUGACGACGAUGACGAAGUUGAAGUUUAUGUUUCUGAAGAGAAUGGCAUUGAUACAGUUGAAACAGAAGAGCAGUUAACUCAAGAUGGUGAUGUUAAUAAUGACAACAACGAUGACAACGAUGAUGAUGAUGAUGAUGAUGAUGAUGAUGAUGAUGAUGAUGAUGAUGAAAAUGAUGAAGAGCCUCCUAAAGUUCAGUUGUUAACAACUGUAGCAACACCUGUUAUAGAUAAAAGGAAUACUUCUGCUCAUUUGGCAGAUUUAUUAGGUGUAGCUGGUAUAGAUGUGCCUAUAGAAGAAUUUAUGAAAUUGACACCAGCAUACAAGUUAGGUGUAAAUGGAUAUUCAUUUGCAAUUACCAACAAUGGUUACGUUUUAUACCAUCCUGAUCUCCGUCCAAGGUUUGGUGAAUUUUUAAAACCUGGUUACACAAGUGUAGAUGUUACUGAAGUUGAAGCAGUGGUUGGAGAAAUGAACUCUCCUUGGGAAUUUAAUUCAACAUUAUUAGAAGGGUCCAAUUCGGGACCCCUGUUCUGGAAUAUCGUAUAUGAUAACUAUUUAAAAGUUGACAAAGGAGAAGGUGUAGUUGAGCUAGCGUACGCCGACGAUACGAUUAUAAUAUUUGGAUCGAACUCAAGGAGGGAAAUUGAAGAUAAAGGCAACAGGGUACUAAAAUUGAUAUCUGAAAAGGGAAGAGAACUUAAACUCUACUUUAACCCUCGGAAAACAAAAGCAAUAGUUUUUACAAGGGGAAGUACUCCAGAUCUUUAUAAAAGAUCGCCUACAAUCAAAAUGAAUGAUCACAACAUUAAGGUAGAGAAAGAGAUGAUGUACCUAGGAGUGGUGUUGGAUCACCGGCUCACAUGGAUGGCACAUACUACAUAUGUCAAAACUGUUGGUGCAAAUCUAUUCAAUGCUCUGGCCAGGGUGGCCAAGGCCACAUGGGGCCUCAGCAAAGAGGCCAUCGAUAUUAUAUACAAAGGUGCGUUUGUUCCAAAAGUCACUUAUGCAGCGGGUGCUUGGUUCAAAGCUGCAGAAAGAGGCAGCAUAAAACGGAAAUUAAGGAGUGCGCAACGUGUGGCAUUACUUAGGAUGACAAGAGCAUACCGCACGACAUCAACAGAGGCGUUAAUGGUGAUUGCCGGGAUUACGCCAAUAGAUAUGAUUCUACGUGAAAAGGCAAAGAUAUAUAUGAGUAGAAGAGGGUAUCCAAUAGACAUCAUGAAUGAAACUUACAACAGAAUGGAUUACGAAAUGCAGGUAAUGGCAAGAAUGCUACCGAAACCCUAUGAACAGUCGGCAAUUAACAUUGCAACAGAACAUGAAAGUAGUGAUAUUGACAUAUACACUGAUGGAUCUAAAGUUGAGGGCCAGGCUCACAUAGGAAUAGAAGGGAACGAGAAGGCAGACGUACUGGCCAAAGUGGCCACGUCAUUAACUGAAACCACUUACAAUAAGAUUCCAGUGUCUUACAUCAAAAGAUUAGUAUGGCAAGAGUCAAUAGAAGAGUGGCAAGAAGAGUGGAGUUAUAGCGACAAAGGGAGACACACCUUCUGGUUGCUUUCCAAUAUAGAAGAAAGAUUGAAUGAUUUAAGAUGGCUUACAAGUGACUUCAUAACAACACAACUUUUGACCAACCACUGUAACACCAAGGAAUAUUUAAAAAGGAUAGGAAAACAGCAAGAUACACAAUGCGAAUGCGGAACGGGCGAACACAGUCUGGACCACAUCAUAAAUAGACGUGUCGUCACCAGGACUAAUACUUAUUAUUAUGGCCCCAUUGAAAAUACUCCUUUCUCAAUGGCUAUAUCAAUUCCUGAACCUUACGGACAUUAUCGUGUUACUGGUCAAAUUGAAGUGAAGUUAAUGAAGGAAGAUUGGAGAGAUUAUUUCAAAGGAGACAAAUGGAGAGUUCAUCCUGAUUGCAUAAGCCCACUAGGUCUUCUACUGGCUUUAAUACCCAGGCCAAAUAUGUUCAAAAUGUUUGGUAUAACUGUAACAUUUGUGGCAACAAGAAGUGGUCUUUUGAGAGUAUUAGAAUAUCUCAGUGAAGAAGAGCGAAGAAAUAGUACUGAAAAGCCCUUUCAAGAUAUACAUGUUCGAGCUAUUGAUGAAUUGUUUUACAAACGUGCUGUUGACUUUUAUAAUAUUAACAGUUCUGCCUUUGUUUUUUCUGUCCCACACAAUGCAGGUUCAAAGAAAAAUACCAAAGUAACUGCAAGUCAUGCCAUCUUUUUGGGUACUGGAAAGAAAAAAGCUCCCGCUGCUGUCGUCGGAUUACAAUUUCUUCAUUCUGUUUUUUCUAAAACGUUUUUUGAUAUUACAUCAAAAUGUAUGCUGCAACCAUGCAGAUAUAAAUGUGGUGGAGAGGAUCUAGAUUGUUACCUUUUGGACAAUAAUGGAUUUACUGUAGUUUCUGAAGAAUAUGAACAGACUGGAAAAUUUUUUGGAGAAAUUGAUUUUACUCUAUUUAAUUCGAUGAUCAAAUACGGAAUAUAUAAAAAGGUUCAUUUAUUUGACUAUCAGGCUAUUUGCUUUGAACCAACAGAUUCUUCUGGUCCAGCUGCAUUCCUUUUAACUCCUUUUCAUCAUGUGAAAAAUAUGUUGAGCUGGCUUUGGAGUAAAUUAGCUGUAUUUUUAGUUAAUUACAGCCUGUAUGGACUUUGGUCUCAUGAAGGAGUAUUUGCUUCAGAUUAUGGUUUUAAUCAAGCAGAUUAUGAUGAUGUUUUAUUGAAUAAAACCAAACCAAGACCAUGUGAAAAGGAAUUAUAUCUAUAUGAAAUGCAAGUUAAAGAUUCAGGAGAUCCAAUCAAAGGCAGACUGUCAAUGUGCCAUCAGACAGGUUGUGACAAGCAAUUUAUCGUACAACAAGUCCCAUAUACAAAUCUUUUAAUGUUAGUUGUUUAUACAUCUUGUCCAUGCGAGAAGAAUUCCGUUAAACUUACGGCAGAAGAAUAUCAAGCAAAUAAUACCGUAAAAUGCUUACAUAUGAAAACGGGUCUUUAUAGGGACAGGCCGAAAUCUUGUACUAAUUAUCAUGCAGGAGAAAGCGAAAUCAAACAGUGUGGAAAAUGUUCAGUUACCAGUGCUUCCAUAUUCCUCUUAUUCAUUGCCUUUGUGCUAAGUAGGCACGUGCUCAUUUGAAAAAGACUGACUGCUGUGUAUGCCUUCUGUGAUGUGAUGCCUCAUUGCCUUGCCUCACUUCACGGACAGAGAAUAUUUCUCAUCGGGUUACGGCAAACGUCUCACACUGCGGUCCUAAAUACUUUUUUAAUCACCCGGAGGAUAUAACAAGGCACGGAGACACUUUUGUGCACAAUAUAUGCAUCGUGUCGGACGAUAAAAUAUUAGAACCGUUGCGCUUUGAGUCCCAAUGGACGAACAGUAAAUAAAUAAAAAAAUCUAAGUCUUCCCAAGCUCCCACUAGUUGCCAUUUAUUAUCGACCAAGUAAGUCUGAUGAUACCGAACACGUAAAUAAGACCUAGCUAAAAUUGAACUCGUGGCCAACUUGUGGGGCUCACCACCUGUGCCAUAUCACUGUAUGCGUGUCAUGGUGACAGAACACUGUGUUUUCUACCUAUGGUCUUCCCUUAAAGUGUAUGUGUAGCAAAAACACUUCAUCCGUGAGUGUUGCUUGCUUAGUGGUAUAUCAAAGAAUUAUCACGGGUUGUUGUUUGUGAAGAUACAACCAGUGUUUUUGAAACACAAAAAUGUAAAAACAUGUGCAGGCUAGCAGUUAAAUUUUAGCUGUUAUCUGUAAAAAUAGGCCUAUCGUAGCUAAAACAAAACAGGUGCUUCAGAAUUUCUAUUGUAAACAUCACUAACAGGUUGUUGUCAUUAUGGUAGCUCAAAAAUUUAAACAACUGGAAAAUGCUACCAUCAUCACUAGUUAAAUUACAUAUCAAGGUCAGUUUAUUUUUAAUUUUUGCAAUAUAUUGUGUGUGCAAUACAUAUUAUGUUUGCUUGUUUGAAUUUUAAAAUGUUAUAUUUUGAACACUUCCAAAAUGUAUUUUAAUUGUGGCAUUUUAAUGUCAGUAGUCAGUUUUGUUGAAAUAAAUCUUUCAUCUUGCCAAA